AUGGCCGACGCGCCGCGAGGUGUCGACCAUGUCGACACCAUGAACUCUGACGACUCUGGUCCGAACCAGCCGGACAAGAAGAAGAGCCGUCGCCCAGCCAAUACGGCAUUCAGACAGCAACGUCUCAAGGCGUGGCAACCCAUCCUCACACCCAAGACAGUCCUGCCACUCUUCUUCGUCAUCGGCGUCAUCUUCGCCCCCAUCGGAGGCCUCCUCUACUGGGCCAGCACGCAGGUCCAGGAGAUUCGUCUCGACUACACCAACUGCCUGCGGAACGCGCCCGACUUUGACGAUGGCUUUGAGAGCAUGGACAGCGGCGACGUGCACCACGCCUUCAAGUCCAACAACAAGUCCAUCGAUGCCCGCUGGGCCGUGCGACGCAACGUCGAGGUCGACGUGCCCGACUCGGGCGGCGUCACCAUCGAGACCGACCAGUGCUACCUGCGCUUCUACAUCCCAGAGAGCAUGGGCCCGCCGGUCCUCUUCUACUACUACCUCACCAACUUCUACCAGAAUCACCGUCGAUACGUCGACUCGUUCGACUCGGAACAGCUCAAGGGGAGCGCCCGGUCCUACGACGACAUUGACGGCAGCGAGUGCGACCCUCUCGAGGUGAACAAGACGGCCAGGCUUCCCUACUACCCCUGCGGCCUCAUCGCAAACUCCCUCUUCAACGACUCCUACUCCAACCCCGUGCUGAGGAACCCCCCGGGCGCCACCGGCAACGAGACCGAGGCGUAUAACAUGACCUCCAACGGCAUCGCCUGGGACUCGGACCGUGCGCUGUACGGCGAGACAAAGUACAAGCCCGACGAGGCCCUGCCGCCGCCCAACUGGCGCAAGAGGUACCCCAACGGCUACACGGACGACAACCCCCCUCCCAACCUGAAGGACUGGGAGCACCUCCACGUCUGGAUGCGCACGGCCGGUCUGCCCACCUUCAGCAAGCUGUACCAGCGCAACGACGCGGACUCCAUGAAGGAGGGUGAAUACGAGAUCGUCAUCGAUGACCAUUUCCGCGUCUCCGAGUUCAAGGGCACCAAGUCCGUCCUCAUCAGUACCCGCACUGUCAUGGGCGGCCGCAACCCCUUCCUCGGCAUCGCCUACAUGGUCGUCGGCGGCGUCUGCAUCCUGUUGGGCGGCAUCUUCACUGCCACUCACCUCAUCAAGCCCAGGAAACUCGGCGACCACACCUAUCUCUCGUGGAACAACGUGCCCGCCAACAAGAACGCCAACCAGAACCCCCCGUCCACCGCGACCGCCUCAGGCCGUCACUUGCCUGGCGAGGCCUAG